CACUGAUUUUUUGGGGGGGGUGAGAUAUUUUGUCGACGUCGUCUUUUAUUUCCUUCUUUCGUGACAGAGCCAGGGGCGGGUUUUGGUCUCUGUUGGGAUCGCUGUAAAUAAGCGUCUCCAUGUGCGUUAGUCAUCCACAUAUUUUGGCUUUGGGUGGCAGCGCAGACCCGUGCGUCUCUGUCUAGGAAGAGUUGCACGGUCUGAAGAAGCGGCUGCGUCUGGGGUCAGUCGAAUCGGAAGCAGUGAUGAUGAUGGAGGAGACUUCCCCUGCAGGGUGUCACUGAACUGCUCUUGCUGCAUCCGCCGUGUGCUGCUUCCUGUUGAAACAUGAAUUUCUUCCGCAAUCGCCUUGUCGUCCUGGGCCUGGUGCUGAUGGCCACGGUCCUGCUGUACCUGCUGCUGCCAGCCAUCCGCCAGGGCAGCAUGGAGCCGUCACUGGACGCCCAGAGGAUGAAUUUAGUCGGCACUGCAGCCGCUCCUCCACCAGUCCCAUCAAUAAAUGUGUCCAUUCGUACCGGCCAGCUGCCCGGCGACCCUCCUCUGUUCUUCAGGGAGGCUUUACCAGUUGACGCAGCUGGACGACAGAUACUGCCAAGCUUGCAAGUGGUUUUACUGCACGGCCAGGCGUUCACUUCCAAAACCUGGGAGGAACUUGGUACCAUGUCUCUUCUGGCUGCUAAUGGACAUCAGGCAUUGGCGAUGGAUCUACCUGGCUAUGGAAAAUCCCCUGACUCGGAGGCUCUGAAGUCUGAUCAGAAUCGGGUCAACCUUCUCUCAAGGUUUAUGGAAUCACUGGGAGUCAGGGCUGCUGUCCUUGUCAGCCCCUCCAUGAGUGGCCAUUACUCCAUCCCCUUCCUCAUGAAAAACAGUGCUCAGCUGCAGGGCUUCGUUCCCAUCGCCCCGGUGGGCACUCGCAGUUACACCCCGCAACAGUACCAAAGCAUUCAGACUCCGACGUUGAUCGUUUACGGCGCCUUGGACACAAAUCUGGGCGCUCAGUCUCACAAGAACCUCAUUCAGCUUCCCAACCACUCCGUGUUAAAGCUGGAAGAAGCCCGACACGCCUGCUACAUGGACAGUCCCAAAGAGUUUCACCAGGGCUUGAUGGAAUUUCUCAGUAAGCUUGAGAAGAACAUAAGGUACAGACAGGUGUGAGCAGCGAACACUCAUGAACAAAAGAUGGAAAAACACUCAUUGACCUUCACAAUGAGGUCAUAUCACUCUAACAAACGUUCAUUCAGAUGUCGCAUUAUUUAAGCUUUUAACAGUCGCUCCAGUUCCGAUGUCCGUCCUGCCUUUGCAUGUAGUACCCUUGUGAAUACGAAGCAUGUGUUACAGAAGCAAAAACAUUUGUCUGCUCUGAUGUUAUUACCUUUCCAGCAUUCUCAAGCAGAAGACGUGUGCACUGUGUAUAAAAUGUAAAAGAAAUAAACCCAACUGUGGUGAUGAUGUAAUAUAUUUGGACAAAUCAUGUGCAUAUUUGAAAAUAAAAAUAGACCUACCCUUU